AUGGAUUUUGCGGAUUGCAGCUCGGAAUCAGACCUAAGUUCGUGGUCAAACUCUUCUGUGGGCGAUGGGCCAACUGCCAGUAGCUGCACACUGCAAGCCUGCCCCUCGAAGGGGUGUAAUGUAGACUGCUGCGGAGGAGACCCCGAACGUCCUCCGUAUAAAAGGGUCAUGCCGGAGGAUCGGCGGUACGGAGUCGUAGUGAGCAACGAGGAGAAUCCCUGUUGCUGCGAGUUUACUUGCGUACUUCAGUUCCUGCUGAAAACCUUCCACAGGGUUAAGGAGGAAGUGAGCUCUCUGCGCUUCAGCGAGUGCACCUCGGUGGAGAGAUUCGACUGCAACUUGCUGAUCGUCGGCGAGGACGAUUAUACAAAGGACUGGCUGAUCACCGAGACCAGAGCGAUCUGCCCACCCUUUAAGGUCACCUCUUUCAUCCGACACUUCGAACUAAUCAAGGUGUCUUUCGUGAUUCCAAAGGUGGUGGACGUUCGUCUCUGCCGCAUAUUUUACCUCUUUGAGAAGCAGAAUUGCGGAUUGGACACUGGCCAGUGGUGUGUGGUGAAACAAUCCCCCCUGGAUGAAUGCAGUCCGGAGUACCAAUCAAAGGUGGUGUACCCAGAUGCGGAGAACGUAGAAAUACUGGCCUACAUAGACGAAGAGAGCGUAGACAUAAUCAAGAACAAGUGCUCGAAGAUCUGCUACCUAGUAUUCCAUCUGCCGGUGGACUUUUGUACAAAGGUCUAG